CUGUGUACUGCUCUCUGUGCUCUGUAGUCCGGUCCGCAGUCCGGUCCUGUCUGCUGUAUGUCCGCAGUCUCUGGUCAUCCCCUGUACUAUGUCCGCAGUCUCUGGUCAUCCCCUGGACUGUGUCCGCAGUCUCUGGUCAUCUCCUGUACUAUGUCCGCAGUCUCUGGUCAUCCCCUGGACUGUGUCCGCAGUCUCUGGUCAUCCCCUGGACUGUAUCGGCUGUCUCUGGUCAUCUCCUGUACUGUGUCCGCAGUCUCUGGUCAUCCCCUGUACUGUGUCCGCAGUCUGGUCAUCCCCUGUACUGUGUCCGCAGUCUCUCGUCAU